AUGUCGACUAUAAACCGUAACGGCAUAGUGACCUAUAAUAACAAUAACCACAAAGCUAUAGUAUAUCCUCCUGAUAAUAAUGAUAGACCUUAUAAAUGUGAGGUGUGUUUGAAAGGUUUUAAUAGGAUGGAGCAUAAAAAGAGACAUCUAAGAACACAUACUGGUGAAAAACCACAUUUGUGUACUUUUCCAGGAUGCAAUAAGAAAUUUAGUAGGGGUGACGAAUUGAAAAGACAUGUUAAAAUACAUUUUAAAGAAAAGAAAAGGAAGAGCUAUGGUAGUAAUAAUAAGGUCCGUAAGAACAGGGCUACGAAUAAAAUAUUAAAAGGUAGUGCCAUUGGUGAUAAUAUUCCUAUCAAAAAAAAUAAUAGUAGUACUACUAAUACUAAUAAAAUCGAUCUUUCAUUAACAACACCACCCAAGAGUUCGAACACUAGUACCAGUAAUAUAGUAGUCAAUAUUCCUAUAAUAAAUAAAAGCCAUAGCUUGGGCAACACACUGCCUAUGUUAACACCAACUGCUUCACGUGUUCAGUUACCAUCUUACAACAGUAAUAAUAGCAGCAGUAGUAUAGGAUUAGCCAAUGCAAAGUUUCAUCAGCAAAGUAAUGGUAGUGCACCCGCUAUCUUGCCACCACCACAUCCUUUUACAACAAUAACGGCAGAAACGACAGCAACAGCUACUCCAAAUUUUCGGGUAAAUAACCCUGUGGAUCACAUGUUUGUUAGUGAUUUAACUAAGGCUUUGGCAAAAUUGGAAAGCUCCAGGGAAAACAGUUGUAAUAGUAUCAAUGAGAAUAAUAGUAUUGGUCCUCAACCUGUUUUAUGGAAAUCGGUUUCUUCGCCUAAUAUAAAGAGGGACAAUAUAAAUAUUUUGGGAGCCCACAGCAACGAUAAAAAGCCUUUAUUUUUACAAAGUAUGAAAACAUCACCUGUUAAUUCGCCGGUGCCAUCGUUGCCAUCGUUGCCAAAGCUUGCGUUCGGCAGCGCUGACCCCGUUGGUAAUAUGCAUCAUAAUGGUUCUAUUUUACCUCCACCUCCUAUGUUAGUUCCCGUAAAUAAGAGUCAGCAUCCAACAGGAUUUACAAGAAGUGAUGAACAACUUUUUCCUAUUGGUCCAUCGCCAUUACAGCCUCUCCCCAACUUGAUAGCCAGUAAUAAAAAGAUUUUUACACUAAGUUAUGAUGAAGAAGACUCGGAAGAGGACAAUAGUUCAAGCAGCGGAGCUGAUAAUGAUAGUAGAAGUAAUAGUACUAGAUGUAUUAUUAUAAAUGCCAAUGGACUUGAUGCUAGUAAUGCAUGUUCAAGUUCUCGGGUCAAAUUACCUUCAAUCAAGAGUUUAUUGAAUAACGUUUGA